CACUAUAGUUGCCAAAAAUCGUUUUUAGUUUAAUGACACUACUGUAAUUACUGCGAAUGUGCUCGUCGUAAAAUCAUAAAGAUCGUGGACAAAGAAUUCAUAAAUCACUUCUAUAUGGUUAUAACGUUUAUAUAGUCGGAUAAAUACUGUGUGUCACAAUGACGAAUGAUGUGCGUAUUUCAUUGUAUGAAAACAAUCAAUCAAACAAUUCGUGAUCUUACUUCUAGCAGGCGUACCACGUGUUUGUAAAAUGUGUAAUUCACAGAAUGCGGUAUUACCCUGACGUUCGAUAAUAGUUGUAUAGUCCAACCUGAAUUAGGGGAUACCACGUGAAGAAAUCGAGACAAUUGUUGAUAAAAUUUGGAGCUCACUGUUGUUAACAUGACAUCAAAAACGGUAUUCGUUACGCAGGAGGGACCGGCAAAUGCCUUAGCCCUAAAUAAGGAUAAUACUCAAGUUGUGAUCGCUGGACGCAAUGUCUUCAAAAUAUUUGCUCUACUUGAAGACAAGUUUGAAGAAGUCUGCAAUCUGAGAGUUGGGAAGAAUCUUAAUCUGAAUUUUUCAUGCAAUGAUGUUGCUUGGAAUUUAAUCGAUGAUCACAUAUUGGCAACCGCAGCCACCAAUGGUGCUGUGGUGGUAUGGAACCUGAAUCGACCUUCUCGGUCAAAGCAGGAACACGUGUUUAUAGAUCAUAAAAGAACUGUGAAUAAAGUGAGCUUUCACAUGACUGAGCCUAUGUGGUUAAUAUCAGGCUCUCAAGACGGAACUAUGAAAUGUUUUGAUCUCAGAAUUAAGGAGGCUACUAAAACAUUUUACAGCAACACAGAAUCUGUGCGAGAUGUGCAGUUUUCACCGCAUCAACAAUACACAUUUGCAGCUGUUUCGGAAAAUGGUCAUGUUCAGCAAUGGGACUUGAGGAAACCCGACCGCUGCUUCCAGCAUUUCACAGCACACAGUGGGCCAAUUUUUGCUUGUGAUUGGCACCCUGAAGCCUCGUGGCUAGCUACUGCCUCACGUGAUAAAACAAUUAAGGUUUGGGACAUAUCAGCUAAACCCACAUGUGAAUAUACAAUCCAUACAAUUGCAUCUGUGGGUAGAAUAAAAUGGCGACCUCAAAGAAAGUAUCACAUCGCAAGCUGCGCCUUGGUCGUAGACUGCAGCAUUAAUGUAUGGGAUAUUAGAAGGCCUUAUAUACCGUUUGCUAGUUUUAACGAGCAUAAAGAUGUUCCAACUGGUGUUGCCUGGAGAGGAGAUCCUCAGUACUUUUUAUCAACAAGCAGGGAUUGUACAUUAUAUCAUCACGUGUUUAAAGAUGCAACUAGGCCGGCAAGCAAAGCAAAUCCUCAAGGUAUUGCACUCAACUGCAAGGGUGAUGUGGCAUAUGCUUGCAAAAUCAGUGUGAACGCACCAACUACUGUUAAACAGUUAACUAGCAUCAUGAGGAAAUCUCCAGCGAGUAAUGACACCUUCUGUAUGGCCUCUAGUAUGAUGCACAGAUUCACGGAAACUGCUCCACGAGAACCUAAGUGGUUUAGGGAAUGUGCUGAAGGAUACUUACUCAGCGGUAGACUUAAUGAUAUUUGUGAUCAUAAUGCAGCAGUUGCGAUUACUGCAGGCAGAAAUGAUAUAAGUACAGUAUGGAGUAUAACGAAAACACUGUAUGCAAAUCCACUUGGAAAUAUGUUGAAAUCGUCGCCAAAUGUUUCGAAAGAUGAUACUGUCAACACUCUGAACCUUGCACAAAUUGGCAUUGGAUCAACAGUUGAUCAGACAAAUAUAGGUCAUGAAAAUGAUGUCAAAUCACUGCAAGGUGAAGCGCCUGGUGUGAUUAGUGGUGGCGACGAUGAGACUGAGACUGAUGAAAUGACUGAGAAUCAAAAUUUUAUUGGCCCCAUACUUCCCAGUCACAGGCGAUAUCUGGCUGGACACAAAUGUCAACCAAAAGGUGAUUUCUUCUUUGGAGAUGGUGAACUCGAACCAAUAACAAUGGACUACACAUCUGGUUAUAUACACAAUCUCAUGAAUCAUGAAAAUGAUUGGACAUUACCUAAAGAAGCAUUUCCUUUGCGACACGAAAUACAGGAUAGAUCCCCACCUCCCGAACAAUUUCCCAAUCAUUCUCCAGAUAUGAAUGACAAUGAUUCUGGAUCAGUCACAGUAGAGGAUCAACCUUGUGAAUUGAUAGUGACUGCCGUUCCCAAGCCAUCAUUUUGGGAUCCAACACAGCUAAUUGAAGAAGCGUUGAGACAUCAUGCAGCAAUUUUGGAUGUUCAGACAUCAGCGUCGAUAUUAAUUGCUCUUGGAGAACGAAGAAAAAGUUUGAACAUCGAGGCAGCAACUCAAGAGCAUUGGUUACUCGAAUAUAUCGACAUGCUAGGUAGAUUUAAAUUAUGGGAAAUUGCUACUCAGAUUAUACAGCUAGCCUGGAUGCCGUCUGUGUCUCAAUUAAAUCAGCAAUCAACAACAAUACAUGCAUGCUGCACAACGUGUACCAAGCCUCUUCAGAGGUCAGCGUGGUUAUGUGAUCGAUGUCAUACUUCAAGACAUGCUCUCUGUUCGAUUUGUCAUCAAGUUGUGCGGGGUGUGUAUGCAUGGUGUCAAGGUUGUGCUCACGGGGGACAUGUAAUUCAUAUGAACGAAUGGUUCGAGAGUAAUCGUCAAUGUCCAACAGGCUGUGGCCACAUUUGCGAGUUUACUUAACUGCCAAACUUCGGCUCCCCAUUGGCUACCAGUGAAGGUAUUACAGUACCUAAUUUAGGGAUGCAAUUACUUACUGAAAGUAGUAUUUAACGUAUCUAAAACUUUUUCGAUAAGUAAGAUAAUUAUUAUGAGGCAAGUACAGCAUAGUAACUCCGACCACGCUCAUAAUUAUCUUUGAAUCGCACAAUGUUAUGUUGUAUCAAAGUGAUACCUUCUAGUCACUGACAACGAGUAUUCGACAUUUACACAGUUAUUUAUGAUCCAAAUGCAUCAAACAUGCUCAUCUUUUUACUUUUUAUCCUGAAAUUUAAGACUUAUUUCACCACACUCAAGGUAAUGGUUUGGUAAAUUAAUACUUGUAAUUCGAAGUAAGAACCCUGCUGCUAGUGAAGACACAUACAAUAUCCUGCGCUUUCCUCGUGCCAAGAGUAAGUUUUAAGUACGUAUCAACAGACCACACAGCUCUUUUUUUUUUUCUACUCAACCCAUUAAGAAUUGAUUAUAUUUCAGAGGUCGUUACACAAUUAUGCAAUGUUUCAACUUGUCGAAUAGACACAGUUAGUCGUGACAAGUAUUUUUAUAAAUCAUUAACAAUAUUAACAGUAAAAAUUGGACAAAAUGUACAAAUGAAUAGGUCUUUAUAUUUGACUAUGGUUAACCCCACGUUUUUGGUUAUUAUCAAUGGAAAAAGAGACUGCAUGGAGAAAUGAUGUACCUAGAAAUGAAGUGUUUUUUGAAAAUUUUCACAAAAUCUUUCCAUGUAUCUUAUACUACCAGUAACAUAUAGUGUUGUGCUGAGUGUAUUGAAAUGUCAAUAGAAUCAUGAUUUUCAAAUCGCUAAAUUUUAAAGUUUACUAAUAAUUCGUCAAUGACCGACCAAAGUUAUUCAUGUGUCAUGGGGUGGAUGAUAGUGAUCACAAUGAGCAGUUAUCGAUAACCACAUCGACACCUAGCUGCGAUGUUAUUAUGGCCUAUUAUGAGUUCAUAACCCGUCGACUAGGCGCACGUACGAAGAAUUAGAGGAAAUGAGAAGAAGUUACAUUGAGGAGUUGAAUGUUUGAGUGUAUAAUUGAUUUAUUGUCAAAGAUAUUGAGAGUGCAAUAAGAAGACGUGAGGGAGAAAAAAUGGAAGAGAGGUUUUUAAGAUAUCCGAAUGAAUGAUGACUUGAGAGUGUGUAUAUGGGGUGAAGGAUGUAAAGGACUGGGCUAGUUGCAGUGCAGGAGUAGAGGGGGCAUUCAGCUGAUGCGGUAUGCAAAGUGAGACAGUGAGGUGAUGAUAAGAAGAGGAUGCAGGGUAUAAGGUGACUAAAAGAGUGUGGGAAAAGAAUCUAAGGUCUCGAGGACCCAACACAUGCAUUACAAAUAUAAAAUUAGGAUUGUUUCCUUAUAUGCAAUUAUUGUGUUUUAUAUGAAUAAUGUACAUACUUUUGUCAUAGUUUCAACUACUGUAAAUAUGUAAAGCAAAUAGGCUAGUAGCAAAACCAAGCAGUAAGAGAAGAUGAAGUACAAAACAUAAUGUCCGUACUUACUUCAUAUUUUUAUGUAUAAAAGUCAUACGAAACUUCUUAUUUGAUCUGUUAUGUUGUGAUUUGUCAUUUCUGAAGAAAUUCAAAAUACAUAGUGGAUAAAUCAUGGAUGAAGGACUUGCAAUGAUUGUAAUAUGCUUUGAAAGUAUGUACAUGACAGGAUUCUUUCAAUCGUGUAUUCAUAUUAAAGGUACAGAAUUAUAAAUUAUAUUACAAUUUUUCACGACGUUUAUCGAGUGAGUAAAUUGCAAACUGAGGUGUGAUAUAAAGUAUUAAGUAUUACAAAAAACAAUCGUACAAUGUCCAAUUGAUAACUUUUAAAUCUGAAAAUUUUGUUACAUACGUAUCAACAGUAUCUGUACAGUAAUUGAAUUCGAAUACGCUGAAACUUACACAAAUGAGUUGUCGCAUUAUUAGAAUUUUCAGUAAGAAAAAAUUAAUUGCACAAAAGAAAUCAAAAUUUAUAUUUACCAAGUGUAGCAACAAUUUUGAAUCACUGUUAUUGUGUUAUAGGUACAAGAACUUAUACUAGGAAAGAUCGUUAAUUUUAGACCAGUUAGUUCUCUAAAACUCGAUUUAACAGUAAAUAAGAUUGUUCACAUACUAUGAAACCAGGGAGCUAAUAUUAUUAAUCAGAAAACUUGACGUUUUUAUAGAGACAGUCUGAUAUUCAAUUCAACUAAUUUAGAAUAUUGAAGAAAAGGCACAUUUACCGGUUGGAAAAGUACAAAAGUAUGAAAAUAAUUUUCAACGCUAUUUAUGUAUUGCAUUUAACGUAAAAAAAAUUUAUACACCUUAUGUCACUGGGAAAAUAUAAUACUUUUAAUGUUGUGUUCAGUUUAUUGAUUACAAGAUUUCCGUUAUACUUGCGUUCAAAUAAUUAAUUGAAAAUGCAUUUUCUUUCCGAAAAUAAACGGAAAACUAUUUUUGAAGUACGUCUACAAAUUCACAAUACUUAUUGCUACACGUUUAUAUUCACCAUUAAAAAUUUUGUCAGCUUUGAACGGAAAUCAAUUUUAUUGAAUUUAUUUUUUUUUGUAACGAUAUGAAAAAUUAAAAUUAAAUUACGGUAAUUAUAUAAUAUACAAGCAUGCUUGCAUUAGAUAUACAAAUGACAUAAUUUGCAACUUGCCAGUCGAGUAUAAUGACGAUGCAAUGGAAUCAAAUGACGAGUAGGUAUUACACAUGUACAAAAA